AGUGGGAGAACUUGCACGAUUAGUGGUUGACUAAAUACUUAUUUGCCCCACUGUAUAUUUUGACCUGCUUAAAAACAUGCUGUCCAAAUGAGAAGAAAUUUGAAUGGAAAUUCACUUGGGUUUUAGGUUGCUAGCUUAGAUAUAUCGAUUUAGAUUUUGAAAAAAGAUUUUUCUAAUUCCAAAGGGUUAAGUUAAUGCACUUGUGAAACUCAUGAGGUUUGGUACAUUUAGCCAGGUUAAGAACCACUCAUCUACAAUGAUGCAUUUUGUUCAUCUAAUAAAUGCUCUUAGCACUUUUUUAAGUAACGCUACACUUACUUGAGUCAAAUAUUUUGCUACUCUACCCACCUCGGUACAGUCGCCAUUUUAUGAUAUUUCAUGUGCUAAAUACAGCAGUGCCUGUUGGGCAUGAGUGUGUUAAGAGUGGGCAUGUUGGUGAAUGAGGGGAUGAACAAAGUUUGUUUUGGAUGGAGGGGGUGUAGCAAAAGGGGAAAGAGCAGCAGCCCGUGAGAGGCAGCAGACAGAAGCCAACAGCAACUGGACAGAAUCAAGAUGCCCUUCCCUGACAACACGUUUGUCCCACUACUCGUCCUCGCUCUCCUCAUUGUUGCGACACAUGCCGCAAAAUGUCCGCAACAGUGUGUGUGCGACCAGAUCCAGCUCACCGUCACCUGUGUCAAUAAGAACCUGACUGAGGUUCCUCCCACGGUGGACGAGAUUACAGUGAAACUGGACCUCCGAGGGAACGACAUCCAAGAACUCCCCACUGGAGCGUUCAGACACACCCCGUACCUGACUCACCUGUCUCUGCAGCGCUGCAACAUCCGUCGGGUGAAGGAAGGCGCGUUCCGAGGCCUGGGCCGCUUGGUCUUCCUCAAUCUGGCAAACAACAACAUUGACAUCCUCUACCAGGAAUCUUUCGACGGUCUGUCCUCACUGAAACAGCUCAUGAUUGACCGAAACCGCGUUGAGGAGAUUCAACCUGGAGCAUUCGCACAGCUAGGCUUCCUCAACCUGCUCUCACUGACACACAACCAGCUGGUCUACAUCCCCAACAUGGCUUUCCAAGGCUUGCAGAACAUCAAGUGGCUUCGCCUCAGCCACAACUCUCUAAACUACUUGGACAUUGAAGCCUUCGCUGGCUUGUUCACGCUCAACCGGCUCAGUCUGGACCACAACGAGUUGCAGUUUUUUCCCACCGAAACUAUGACAAGACUGCCAGAAGUGACCCGCCUGGAUUUGAGCUACAACCCUAUGACUUACCUGGGCGAGGAAUCUGUGUCCAUGGCCAAACUAAGCCACCUCUUCCUGGACCAUAUGUCCCUGCAGGACUUGGCCAACACUGCUGUAUCCAAAUCCCCUAGUCUAACUCACUUGGACCUGAGCCACAACCAGCUACGUGUCAUCCAACCCUUCUCGGAAGGCACCCCGAAGUUGGCACGUCUCCACCUGACCGGAAACCCCGUCUACUGUAACUGCUACAUGCGUCCGCUCAGGGAAUGGGCGAUUCGUAGUAAGGUGAAGCUGGUCGGCACAUGCGCGGGGCCUUUACACCUGUCCGGGGAGCUCCUUGAGGCUAUCCAACCUCCUGAGCUACGCUGUCAGAGCCAGGAGGCCAUGCUGAAAGCAGAGUUUGAAGAGGCGAGUAGAAGAGGGCCGCCACCGACUGAAGAGCCAGAGCGCAAAGUCAAGUGUCCUUCAAACUGUGUCUGUGAGGCCGAGAUACACCAUUCCUCCUGCGAGAACCACGGCCACACCAAAGUUCCUCGAGGUUUCUCUCCCGACACGCGCCUCCUGGACCUGCGUGGGAAUAACUUUCACUACAUCCCAAGCAACAGCUUCCCUGGAGUUUCCCAGGUGGUUUCCUUGCACCUGCAACGCUGCAAGAUCGUAGAGUUGGAGGACGGCGCAUUCAGUGGCAUGAAGGGCCUCAUCUACUUGUACCUCUCGGAGAAUCUCAUCUCCUCUCUCAGCCCUGAAGCAUUUAAAGGACUCCCACAGCUGACUUACCUGCACCUGGAGAAGAACAACUUCACCAUCUUCCCAAAAGGAUCUUUUAAACUACUUCCGGGCCUUCUCGCGCUUCAUUUGGAAAACAACUCCAUUGCCAAGCUGGAAGCCAACUCUCUAAACGGUGCCGAGGGCCUCAGAGCUCUCUACCUCACUGGGAAUGUCAUAGACCACGUGUCACCUAAGGCUUUGGAGCAGGCCACUGACCUCGAUACGCUCCACCUGGCUGGCAACAAGCUCAAAGAGGUGCCUACUGAAGCCCUGAGAAAGUUGAAAAACAUGAAGGACCUCAGGCUGUCGGGGAACACCAUUCGCUGGGUGGGACCAAAUGCUUUCCAGCCUUUGGGAAUAUCACUAAGGGAGCUUUAUUUGGAUAACAUGGGGUUGGAGAAGAUGUCACAUAGCUCCUUGGCAGGCUUGGGUUCAGGUUUGAGGAGCCUUUUCCUGGAGGGCAACAAUCUGGAAGAAGUGCCAGACCUCCAUCCGCUCACCUCUUUGGAGGUCAUCAACCUAGCAGAUAACCCACUGAUGUGCGACUGCCCUCUGCUGCCACUACGCCUCUGGAUUGAGAAAGUCAACCUAAAGGUACGAGCCACCUGCGCCAACCCCCCUGAGCUGAAGGGUCGCAGGGUCAAAGACGUCCACGUUUUCAAGGCCUGCCCAGGAGGCGAAGCUCUUCCUUCUGCUCCGAGCGCUAAAACGCCCAAGGCCACGAAACCCAAGCCGAUGCACCUCAGUAGAGCUAAGCAGGGCAAGAUGCUCAAAAGUAAACUUCCCAAGAAACCAAAGACGAAAGUGGCGAAGAAAAGCAAGAGACUGAGCAUGGCGUGAAGCUGCCAAAUACUUAUGAACUCAAAUGAGAUUUGUAAAUAAGUCUUUGCAGCCUUAGUGGUAAUCAAUACACAAGCGACAAUUGGCUGGCUGGUGGCAACCACUAUACAGCAAUUACAAUUUACUAGUGUUGCACCGAUAUGGCAAUGAAAUGACAUCAGUAUCAGCGAGGACUAAGUAUAUACACUUCAAAUUUCGUGCCCUCAGUUAAUCGCGGAUUUUUUUUUCCAAUUAGAAAAUAAAGACAGAUGAGCUGUCCCGAUCCGAUCACGCAGUCUCACUCUCCCUCCUGCUCUUUUUCUUGGUCAGGCAGUGCACUGGAGUUGAUUAUUAAAGUUAGUUGAGGUUUGAUCUAGCCAGAGACGCCUGGGAGCUGAAACAUCAAAGCGCCACAUGCGUCAAUCAUCGUUUAACUUGUUAAACAGUUGCUAUGGCAACUUGUGAGUAGCUUGAGCGGAUUUGAGUGAACUCACUCAAUGAAGCAUUUAAUAAAAACAAGCAUUUUUCCACUUUAUUCUUGUUUAAAAAUAAUUCAGUGGGAAAGUAACAUGUUUAAAACUUCAAUAUUACAGCGGUCCAUCACAGAUUUUUUUUAAAUUAAAAAAAUACGGAUGAGCUGUCCGAGCCGAUCGCGUCGUCUCCCUCUCCCUGGAGUUGCUUAUUAAAGUUAACAAUGAUUGACAGACGUUUAAUUUGGAACUUGCCAGAGAAGCUUUUCUAGGGGAAGAAAAAUUUUGAACAGGAGGGCAUUUAAAAAAAAAUAACAGGAAAACCCUAACUGGAGGUGAGAGCACACGAAAGCAGAAUUAAAGACGCCAUGAUUUUAAUGAUAUUAUCGCGUACUUACCUCUUUUAGAUCCAAAAAUUCCAUGUAGCAUGUAUCACUGAGUGUCAAGACACAGCUGUGAAUGGCCAGAGCCGAUAUAUAUACUACGUGUCCCAUGAUCACUCUUUGCCCACGUAGCCAAUCGCAUUGGACUUGGUAGAUCUAACGUAGCACAUCUAGUUUGCUAUUUGAUGAUAUCUAAUGUGCGUGCGCGAGUGUUGUCGGAGCAUUAAAAAAAUUAACAAACGUCACAGAAGUCACGUCUGCUCAUUACUGCACAACACCAGCUUAUGACAAUCGACUUUCAUAAACAGGACGAGUUUAAAGAGCAUACGACAGGAGAAAAAAAGUCUUAAAUGGCAUUAUUAUGUGAAUUAGAAUCAUAUUUUGAGACGAUUCGACUAUAUACAACAAUUUAGCAAAGCGCAGAUGACGAGAAAUUAGUCUUUUAAUCUGCCGGUUAGCCACGCCUACCAUUAUAGGGCUUUAGCGUCCCCAACAGGUGGAUGACGUCAGCGGUAGACUGGGCUCAUCGGUUUUACUAUUCAGCCCAUUGAGGGGGAAUUAUACAGAACGAGGAAAACGCGACGAAGAGAGCCGCAAAAUAUCAUUGUUUCAGUCUCUACUCCAAUAUUUUUACAGGAUAUUUUUUUUAUCAAAGUAUUUUUCCCCAA